GUGCUGUGAGGUUACGGUUACUACAUGUUGUAUAAAAUAAAAAGGAUAUACUAGAGAUAGACGCACGUAGUAGAUGUUUCUUCACGUUUCAUGAUGAUGGUCACGAUCAGUUGCUCGGUUACUGUAGGGUUUGAGUUCAAGUAUGUUUAAGUCGGGUUUGACUUUUGUUAUUGUCUGAAUCCUUUCGAGUCGAUGCUGCACAAGCAGCCACUAUAAUAGUCGCUACAUCUAACCAUCAUCUACCAGUGCAAUAAUGUCGCAGCCGCGAAGGUCACCUCAUGAUUCGUACGAAACUGAGACAACAGAUCACCAAACAGAAACAGAAACCAUACUGCUCAAGCACCUCCCACUCAACCCAGACUCGCCCUCCCCGUUGCAGAGAGACGCACAUCUACAGUUCUUAAUCCGAAAUCUAAUCCAAGGCUUUCCAUCCCGCUACAUCAGUCAAGACGCAAGCCAACCAUGGCUGCUCUACUGGACGCUCCAAAGCUUCAGCAUCAUGGGCGUAGCGCUAGAUCCAGACAAUAAACAAAAGGCCAUCGACACUAUUAUGGCAUUGCAGCAUCCAGAGGGCGGUUUUGGAGGUGGGCCGGGGCAGGCUGCGCAUUUACUACCGACUUAUGCGGCAGUUUGUGCGUUGGCGAUCGUUGGAAGGCCUGGCCCGGGAGGAGGAUGGGAUCAAAUCGACCGGGAGAAGAUGUACAAGUUUUUCUUGUCCGUCAAGCAACCAGAUGGGGCAUUCCUUGUAGCGCACCAUGCAGAAGUGGAUGUUCGCGGUACAUAUUGCCUCCUCGUGACGGCGCAUUUACUGAACAUGCUGACGCCGGAACUUUUGGAGGGCAUCCCUGGGUUCAUUAUGUCAUGCCAGACCUAUGAAGGAGGCUUCUCAUGCGCGUCCCAGCCAUAUUUCUCUCCUGAGCCAGACGGUCCUCCGACGCUACUUGAUUCUCCGCGUCCGCCUCUCGGGGAGGCUCAUGGGGGGUACACUUUCUGCUCUCUAGCCUCAUGGGUCAUGCUUCAACCGUACCUUGCUCUGCAAAAGCCUUCGCUCCAGCGGUCAUCUCUGAAUUUCAAGACGCUGCUGCGAUGGCUGGUGCAGAUGCAAGGCUCGGAGACCGAGCUUGGUGGUUUCAGAGGCCGUACUAAUAAGCUUGUGGAUGGGUGUUAUUCUUGGUGGGUCGGGGGCUGCUUUGCAUUGUUAUCUUCGCUAGGCAUCGUUGGUGCGCAUGGCCGUGAUGAUGGUCAUGAAUCUUCUCGUGCGAAUGAAGAGGACGAAAGUUGGGAUGAUAUUGAUGAUUCUGUAUGGGAUCGUGCUGCCCUACAGCGCUACAUCCUAUGUGCUGGGCAACACCCAGCAGGAGGGUUGCGUGAUAAACCUCCAAAGCCCGCAGAUUCAUACCAUACGCUGUAUUGUCUAGCAGGAUUAUCGUCGGCUCAGCACAAUGUUUUCCUGUCAUCUACUCGGCGGGAUGCUAUCGUUCGGAAUUGGAAAACUCCGGCUGAAUCGAUGCACGAGCAACUUCGUCAAGCGUGUUUCUUGCACUCUCUUUCUUGGACAGAGGAAGAGGGCGCAUCUCGUAUACUCGGAGCGCAAAAUAACCGGAUGAAUGCCACGCAUCCGGUAUUCAAUCUGACGAUGACACACACGGAGAAUAUUAUGGUGCAUUUCUAUAAACAAACGGUUCCUUCACGGCCUAGGAAAACGUGAUAGGCAGAGGACUGUGUAUCUUCAGGGAACGAGUCAUAUAUAUACGAACUGUAUCUGAAACUUUAAAGUCAAAGUGAAUGUGCCAGCGACAUACACGGGAGCAUAUUCGGAACAUUUGCCAGUCACCGAUGAGUCUUCCGGGUCUGAAUUGAUCCCCGGCGAACACGGGAUGACUAGCCCUGAGGACAGGCUGUGGUAUAUAAAGAAAGAACGUG